AAUAUUAAAGUGGUCUAAUCAAUAUAAAAUUAUGGCUAAGGGCAUAUAUGUCAUGAAAGGCUAAUUGUGUAGGUACCAUUAGUGAUAUUAUAAUUUGAUGAGGGGCUAAAUUAUAAUUAUUAAAUUUGGGGUAACUGAUGGCAGUUACCAAUAUAAGAGGUUAUGGUCCCCAUUUGUAGAGAGAAGCGACAGGCGUACAUUUUCACUUUCUUUUUCUCUUUAUCCCCAUCAGAAGAGAAAAUUCAAAGAACAUAAAGAGCUCUCUACAUUUGAAAGAUCAUAAAACCAAUCUUGAUCCUCAUCAACCUUUCAUCAUUCCAUUAUGGCUAAUUCAGUCUUGCAGAGAACAAGGAAACUGCCAUCUUGCUUAUACAAGUCGAGUUGCUGAAAGUUGACGUUUCAGAAGCCAAUCGUUUAAUUUUAACAAAAUGGUGGACAACUUCAGAAUGUUGUUUAUUUGGUUCUUAUUAUUCUCGUACUUGAGAAACUCCACUUCUUUGGACAGUUUAGCUCCGAGUCAAUCUAUCCGAGAUAGUGAGCGAUUAGUUUCAAAAGAAGGAACAUUUGAAGCAGGUUUCUUUAGCCCUGGAACUUCAACAAGACGAUACCUGGGAAUAUGGUACAGGGAUGUGUCUCCUUUAACAGUGGUGUGGGUGGCUAACCGAGAAAAACCAGUUUAUAACAAAUCAGGAGUUUUAAAACUCGAGGAAAGAGGGGUUCUUAUGAUUCUUAAUAGCACCAACAGCACAAUUUGGAGGUCCAACAACAUAUCAAGCACAGUAAAGAAUCCAAUUGCACAGCUCUUGGACUCAGGAAAUCUUGUGGUGAGAAAUGAACGGGAUAUAAACGAGGACAACUUUUUGUGGCAGAGUUUUGAUUAUCCGUGUGAUACUUUUUUGCCAGGAAUGAAGUUGGGAUGGAACUUAGUAACUGGUCAAGACAGGUUUCUGUCAUCUUGGAAAAGCGAAGAUGACCCUGCUAAGGGAGAUUAUUCUUUGAAACUUGAUCUUAGAGGAUAUCCAGAAUUUUUUGGAUACGAGGGGGAUGCAAUAAAAUUUAGAGGAGGCUCGUGGAAUGGAGAGGCUUUGGUGGGCUAUCCAAUUCAUCAACUCGUACAACAACUUGUAUAUGAAUUUGUGUUUAAUAAAAAGGAUGUGUAUUAUGAAUAUAAGAUCCUUGAUAGAUCGAUUAUCUACAUAUUUACAUUGACCCCAUCAGGGUUCGGCCAACGUUUCCUUUGGACAAAUCAAACGAGCAGUAAAAAAGUUCUCUCUGGUGGGGCAGAUCCGUGUGAAAACUAUGCUAUAUGUGGUGCAAAUUCUAUAUGCAAUAUGAAUGGUAACGCUCAGACAUGUGAUUGCAUCAAAGGAUAUGUUCCAAAGUUCCCUGGACAAUGGAAUGUAUCAUAUUGGUCCAAUGGCUGUGUUCCAAGGAAUAAAUCUGAUUGUAAAACCAGCAACACAGAUGGCUUGUUGAGGUAUACAGACAUGAAAAUUCCAGAUACAUCUUCAUCAUGGUUCAAUAAGACCAUGAAUCUUGAGGAAUGUCAGAAGUCUUGUCUGAAAAACUGUUCUUGUAAAGCAUGUGCAAAUUUGGAUAUUCGUAAUGGAGGAAGUGGCUGUUUACUUUGGUUUGAUGAUCUGGUUGAUAUGAGACAAUUCUCUAAAGGGGGACAAGACCUUUAUUUCAGAGCCCCUGCAUCAGAGCUAGUUAAUAGCCAUGGGAAGAACUUGAAAAAGUUGCUAGGAAUCACAAUUGGUGCGAUUAUGCUUGGAUUAACUGUUUGUGUUUGCAUGAUAUUGAUACUCAAAAAGCAAGGGUUAGCAAGAAUAAUUGAUAGGAAUCAUUUCAAACAUAAGCUGAGAAAGGAAGACAAUGAUUUGUCAACGUUUGAUUUCGCAAUCAUAGCGAGAGCCACUGGAAACUUUGCAAAGAGUAACAAACUGGGAGAAGGUGGCUUUGGACCUGUAUAUAAGGCAAGACUGUUGGAUGGGCAAGAGUUUGCCGUUAAAAGGCUUUCAAAUAAAUCAGGACAAGGGUUGGAGGAGUUCAAAAAUGAAGUUAUGUUGAUUGCCAAACUUCAACACCGUAAUCUUGUCAAGCUCAUUGGUUGCAGCAUUGAAGGAAAAGAAAGAAUGUUGAUCUAUGAGUACAUGCCAAACAAAAGCUUGGAUUACUUUAUUUUUGAUGAAACUAGAAGGACAAUGGUAGAUUGGCCUAAGCAUUUCAACAUUAUCUGUGGCAUUGCUCGAGGAAUUCUUUAUCUUCAUCAAGACUCUAGAUUGAGGAUUGUUCAUAGAGAUCUGAAAACCAGCAACAUUUUACUAGAUGGUAAUUUCGAUCCUAAAAUAUCGGACUUUGGCUUAGCUAGAACAUUCUGGGGAGAUCAAGUUGAGGCAAACACAAAUAGGCUGGCUGGAACAUAUGGUUACAUGGCUCCUGAGUAUGCUGCUCGUGGGCAGUUUUCAAUGAAAUCAGAUGUCUUUAGUUAUGGUGUGAUAGUGUUAGAGAUUGUAAGUGGCAAGAAGAACAGAGAAUUUUCAGACCCAAAACACUACCUUAAUCUUCUUGGACAUACAUGGAGAUUGUGGGCUGAAGAGAGGGCAUUGGAACUACUGGAUGGAGUGUUAAAGGAAAGAUUCACACCUUCUGAAGUCAUACGAUGUAUACAAGUAGGCCUGUUAUGCGUGCAACAAAGACCAGAGGAUAGGCCAGACAUGUCAUCAGUUGUUCUAAUGCUUAAUGGCGAGAAAUUAUUGCCCAACCCAAAGGUUCCGGGUUUUUACACAGAAGGAGAUGUUAAACCUGAAUCAGAUUUUUCACCCACAAAUCGCUUCUCAACUAAUCAAAUUUCAAUCACAAUGUUAGAAGCAAGAUAGAAUAUUAAGGCAAUAAAAAGGACAAGAUUUCCCUUCCAUUGUGGGAUAAAUGGAUUAUGAAAACGCAUUGAAUUAGUGAAAUAGCUUCUGUUUAUAAUUUAUUCUAUUCUAUUACUUAUGUACUUCCUUGUAUUUGAUGUUACCAACUCCAGUUUUAUAUCUGUUUGUCAAGGUAUGAAUUGAAGGUAUUCAGUGUUUCA